AUGCAACUACUUCUGCUUUUCGGAGUCCUCGUUGGGGCUGCUGCGAGCCUGAAAACCUUUGUUGGUGACCAGGUUCUGCGGGUGGAACCAUGCACUGAAGAACAGGUCCGCCUACUGAAGGAACUGGAAGCUCUGGAGCCUCUUCAGCUUGAUUUUUGGCGGUUCCCUUCAUCCGUAAACGAACCUGUGGAUGUCCAGGUGCCCUUUAUCUGUCUUCAAGAAGUCAAAGUCUUUCUGGAGUCCCAUCAGAUCAAGUACAGCAUCCUGAUAGAAGAAGUCCAGGCCUUGGUGGAUAAAGAAACCCGAGAAAUGGACCUCAAUCGGCAAAAGAAGCAGAGCAGUUUCAACUACGGAGCCUAUCACUCCCUGGACGCUAUUUACGCCGCGAUGGAUGAGAUUGUGGCAGGGCAUCCCCAGCUUGUGAGCAAAAUCCAGAUCGGAGAGUCUUAUGAAAAACGGCCCCUGUACAUCCUGAAGUUUAGCACCGGAGGAAGGAACCGUUCCGCGGUCUGGAUCGACGCGGGCAUCCACGCCCGAGAGUGGGUCACCCAAGCUGUCGCCCUGUGGACCGCAAACAAGAUCGCCUCCGACUAUGGGAAGGACGCAUCACUAACCUCCCUGCUGGGUGCAAUGGACGUUUUCCUGCAUGUCGUAGCAAAUCCAGAUGGAUAUGAAUUUUCGCAGACUAAAAACCGUAUGUGGCGGAAGACCCGCUCCAAGAGUCCCGGCAGCCCUUGCGUCGGUGUUGAUCCGAACCGGAACUGGGAUGCGGGAUUUGGAGGUCCCGGGGCCAGCAACAACCCCUGCUCCGACUCUUACCACGGCCCCGGCCCCAACUCCGAAGCAGAGGUGAGAGCCAUUGUGGAUUUCGUUGUCCGCCACGGAAACGUCGCGGGCUUCAUCAGCAUCCACAGCUACUCGCAACUCCUGAUGUAUCCCUACGGCUACACCUGCGCUGAGGCCAAAGAUCGCAAAGAGCUGGAUGAGGUGGCGAGCGCUGCAGCCAAUGCACUGAGCACCCUGUAUGGCACCAGAUACAGGAUUGGGGCCAUUUGCUCAGUCAUCUACCAAGCUAGCGGCGGCAGCAUCGACUGGUCGUACGACCACGGCAUCAAGUACUCCUUCGCCUUUGAGCUGAGGGACACGGGCAGGUACGGCUUCCUCUUGCCCGCCGCUCAGAUCAUCCCGACGGCCCAGGAGACCUGGCUGGGGCUGAAGACCAUCCUGGAGCACGUGCGGACCCACCCCUACUGA